AUGAGAAAGACUUCGAAAGACUUCAUGGAUGAGAAGACAAGUGGGAUAGAGGAGGCGAGGAAGAGACACCAGCAGUUGAGGGCCAAACUGCUGCUGUGGAGGAAGGUGUACGUGGAGUUCCAGACCAACUGUCUCCACAGACACGCCCCCAAGGAACAGCCGCACAGACGUCACUCAUGUGUCAGCAAGGGUCCAGUGAUGUGUGAACUGGACGACAUCUACCAGCCGGAAGUGUAUGCACAGGAGAAGCUGAAGUUGCCGUCUCUGGAAGAGAUUGCCAGACUGGCAGGCAGAAAGAACAGCCACGCCCACAAGAAGAGCAGUGUCAGCCCAGUAAAAGCCACUUUGGCUGCUUGA